UAGCGAGCAUGCGUUCACGGAGAGACGCUCACGUUCAGAAGCCGCAAAGCCUGUCGACCUUGGAGCAAUGAGGUGCAGAAGCCGGGUGCUCAGGCAUGGCUUUCUGUCUUGCAGGUCCGUGAGGCAAGGCGACAACACAGGCGUGGACCUCGUCUGCAGCUACAGGAAGGAGCCCUCCAGCCCUGACUUGGACAGGGUGGGCCUUUACCACGAAGUGAGCAACAAGACCAGAGCCAUCUCGCGCCUGGGCCCCUACAGCCUGGACAGGACCAGCCUCUACGUCAACGGUUACAACGAACAGCCAGUGACGCAGCCAGUGACGCCCACUCCCACUCGGCCACCAACGACACCUCCAGGCCUCGAGCGUUUCACCGUCAACCUCACCAUCACCAAUCUCCCCUACGAUUCCGACCUGCACGUUCCUCACUCGGCAAAGCUCAACACCACCCAGAGGGUCAUGACCACCUUGCUCAACCGCCUUCUGAAGGACACCAGCAUUGGCCCCAGUUUCCUUGGGUGUGCAACCACAGCCUUCAGGUACGG